UGUCCUAAAAUAAUCACGAUUAAAAAUUAUAUCUCUGCAUCUUUUUAUAGGAAUGAUUCCAAUGUACUUUUCUUGACUUAUGAGGAAAUGAAAGAAGAUAUAACUGGUGCCAUUUUAAAAAUAGCAUCGUUCAUCGAUGACUCUUCAUAUGCAGAAACCCUUCGAAAUGAUCCAGAAAUAUUGAAUAACAUUAUAAAAUUCAGCAGUUUUAAUUACAUGAAAAACACAGUAAAUAAACAGGUGGAGCAAUUCAUGUCAAUGUCUAAAGAAGAAAUAAUGAAUUCUUCUAUGACCAGCCAUUUGAAGAAGGUGCUCAUUUCUUUUGUGCAUCCAAGUCUGGAGAAAAUUUCUAGGGAGAAAGAAGAGAACAGCUAUUUCGUACGAAAGGGAAUCAUUGGCGACUGGAAAAAUUACUUUUCUGAGGAUCAGAGCAGACGUAUGGAUGAGAAAUUUGCUGAGAGAAUGAAAGGCACCGAUUUGGAAAGUCUGUGGAAAAAUUACAUGUAACUGUUUCUCCGAUGAUUUGAAACUAAUGAAGAGAACUGAGAAUGAUCUUAAAGCUUUUUGAGUACUUCAGUUAUUUAAGCAAUAAAUUAUUAUUAUUAUGCUUGA